AUGCGGGCGCAGAGGGUACCCGCUACCUUGCUACUGUUGCUAUUUGCAAUAGAAGCCCUGGACGCAAACAGGAGGAAGCAAAAGGAAAAGGUACCACCAACAACAAACAUAUGCGAUAUAAGCGACAGAGAUUCAAAAGUCCAUUGCUACUGCGAGUACGGGCAAGAAAUAAACGAAGCAGUGAAAACAGAAUGUUGGGUCUUCAACGGAGGCAUCGAGAAAACAGACCCGCUGUGGUCAAGUUUUAUAUCCCAAUCAAAUAUAGAAAUGCUCGCCUUUAACGUCCGAGCAGACGGCGGCCUCGACUUCGUCCCAGCAAAAGUUUUCAGAUAUCUCCGAAAGAUAAAACAAUUCAGCAUAAAGUACAGUUCGAUUCGUAAUAUAGACAGUUACACAUUCGUGAACGUGACAUCGGUACAGGAGAUGACUUUGACCAAGAACCAGAUAGCGCAACUGGGCAGACAUUCGUUUUACAACUUACCGAACUUGACCGCCCUCACGUUAGAUGAAAACAGAAUAGGCGAGCUCGUGACCGAAACGUUUUACGACCUACCCUCUCUGCAAAAGCUGUAUCUAACUAGUAAUAACAUAAGCGUUAUACAAGACGGGGCCUUCAAACAUCUUGUUAACUUAGCCGACCUGGAACUCGACAGGAAUAAUAUAAGCGAACUGAAAAAGGAGUGCUUUGACGGGCUCGCUAAUCUUAAACGGUUAGACCUGAGGAGAAACAAAUUAACCGUGCUUAACUCUUUUACUUUUACUGAGUUAUGGAACCUACAGACAUUGUUGUUAGAUUACAAUGAAAUUCAUAUAUUGGCUCAAAGGACAUUUGAUGGACUAUCUCAAUUACGGAAGUUAAGUUUAAGCCACAACAAACUUGUUAAUCUCGCUGGCGGGCUGUUCGAAGGUGUUAGAGGAUUAUCAGCUUUGGAUUUGAGACAUAAUAAGUUAAAAAGAUUCACUUUCGACAACUUGCGGCCCAUAUAUGAUAAUUUGAAGAAUCAAAACAGUUACAUCUACUUGGAAGGGAACGAUUUCGCCUGCGACUGUCACCUCGCAUGGAUGCAUAAGCUCCGUCACGAAGCGAAAAGCAUGAAAGUGCGAACGUCUUUAGAAAAUUUCAUUUGCAAAUUCAGCGGUGAGCCAUCCUUAAAUUCACACUUUGCUUACUACGAAAGGAGCGUCAUCGGCUCAAACAAUUUGUACGAAGCCGACGACAAAAGUCAAAUAAAAGAUUACUCGGAUAAUCCGGAUGAUUUUAUACAAGAUGAAACGGAUGAUACUUACGUUGAUGAAGCUAAAUCUGUUAAGGGGGAGAACGAGCGGACGCUGCUUCAGAUACCCGUGGAGACGCUUCCGUGCCCUCAAGACGUGAAGAGUGUUACGGAUCGCACUUACACGUACCCAUCUCAGAACGAAGCGAAAGACUACAGAAAUCUAAUACAAACAUCACUAACAACAACAUUAUACUUGAACAUCGCAAUGCUCACAAUGCCACUCACUUUAAUUUAUCGGACCAUUCAACUGUAAAUACUGAAAGGUUUAUACAACUCGUAACUGGUUCUCUAGCAGAGAGCAUUAAAAUUCCGUUUGCUACACUGUAAAUUUCUCGUACGUGGUCGUUACUGUACAUAUUUUUUAAGAUAAC